UGUACACGAGUCAGCCAAAUUUAUCGUUUUGCUCAGUAAUACAGGCACCUCGGCACAACUUUCGAGCACUCUACCCUUAAGUAUUAUACCAGCUAGUCAUGAACCUACUUUCCUUUUGCCCCUUCUCUGUUGACGCUGUCAGUCCGUUCUUGAAAUCCACUCGUGGUGCCCUCGAGUGACGAGACUCUCAAAAAAUGACAACGAUGGCCGAGCCGUCAUCUCCAGUCAAAGAGGCCAAACAAAGCCCAGGCGCAUCAUGGAAAAAGGAUGAGGAGCAUAUCGUCCCAAAAAAUCGCUUGGGAAUUGUGUUCUUCGGUUUGAUGUGCAGUACUUUCUUGGCAGCUUUAGAUCAAACUAUUGUAGCCACCGCCUUGCCCACAAUCGUAGCGGACCUUGGAGGGGGGCAGAACUACAGUUGGGUAGGAAGUGCGUACAUGUUGGCAUCCGCUUCUUUGGGCCCGCUAUACGGCAAACUAUCCAAUAUUCUAGGCCAGUGCUAUUUCAGCCGCAAACCCGUACUAUAUGGGUCCAUCGUCAUAUUUUUAAUUGGUUCAGCGUUAUGCGGCGCAGCCCAGACUAUGACAUGGUUGAUUGUCUGUCGUGCUGUACAAGGAAUUGGCGGCGGCGGCAUCAUGCAACUAGUACAGAUCACUAUAUCUGACAUUGUGUCAUUGCAAGACCGAGGCAAGUAUGGUGGUUUCAUCGGUGCCACCUGGGGCAUAGCAAGCGUUAUUGGACCAUUAAUCGGCGGUGUUUUUACCGAUCAUGUAAGUUGGAGGUGGUGCUUCUGGAUCAAUUUGUGCGUUCGAUAUGUAUCUCCAAUGUUUGUGCUCAGAUCGGAAGCUCAUUAUCGAGACAGACCGACUGGCGGCUUAUCUGGCAUACUUUUAUUCUUCUUCUUAAAUUUAAACCCCCAUCAAAGAAGACCAUUCCGUGACCAUCUCCGAGAAUUCGAUUUCAUUGGGCUUUUCGUGAUUGUUAUAGGUGUCAUUUGCCUGCUUAUAGGUUUCAACUCAAGCGAAACGACAUGGCAAAGCGGCGAAACCAUUGCUCUCCUUGCUGUGGGAGGCACGUUGAUAAUCCUUGGUGGCGUUAAUGAGAUAUACACGAAGCGAUCCCCCAUCAUCCCACCUCGUCUUUUUAAAACACGCACAACUGGCUUGAUAUUAGUUUCUGUAGUCUUGCAUGCUGUAGUAUUCUUCACAGGUUCAUACUACCUUCCAAUGUACUACCAAGUUCUUGGCGCAUCGGCAACGAACUCUGGCAUUAAAAUGCUACCUUAUUCAUUAACCACUGCGCUCAUGUCAGCGGUUUCCGGAAUAGUUGUAACCAAAACGGGAUCCUACCGUCCUGCCAUCUGGUUCGGAUGGAGUGUCAUGACGCUUGGUUGGGGUCUCAUGAUCAUGUUGGACAAUACGAGCACUAUGUAUGUUUAUAGUCACUGUCGAAGUCAGGUGAUCACUAUAGCUCUUUUAAACAGCGCAGAGCAGGAAAUCUACCCCUUGAUUGCAGCGCUUGGUAUUGGUUGCUUGUUCCAGACCCCGCUUGUUGCUGUACAAGCAGCAAUGCCUAUCAAAGAUAUGGCCACCAGCACAGGUGCUUUUAUGUUCCUCCGAACUCUUGGGGGUACAAUCGGUAUUACGAUCGGAGAAACUAUUCUUUCCAGUGUCCUUCAGCAGAAACUGCGGGGCAUCCAAGGCCUUACCAUGGACACUUCUGCAGCGGCUUUGAAUGAUAGUGUCAGGCAGAUCUCUUCCAUUUCUAAUCCCGCAGUGCGUAAUGAGGUUAUGCAUGCUUACUCGCGGUCUAUCAGUACUAUUUGGUUGGUCAACACGCCAGUAUCUGUAUUCGGUCUCUUUCUGGUUCUCUUUAUUCGUGGCUAUACGCUAGAGCGCACAAUCAUCCGUGGCGGCGAGAAGAAGUCAGGAGACGUCGAGAAGGGUGCUGCUCAAGUGACGAUAGAAGAAAACUCACCAGUCACAGAGUCAGGAUAUCUUGAGAAGGAAAAGAGACAAGGCUCCAGUGACGACAUCACUGAAUUCGCACGAACGGACACGGAAGAUGACACUAUUGGUGCCAAGUAGAAGACGGAAGCAUAGAGUGAGGGACGUCUGAUACCCCUGUCUUAGACCUGAAAGUGGAGUACCUGAUUAUACCUUAUCGAUGGUGGUCUCUUGCGGUGCAUGAAGCUUAAUGGCUUGCAUAGCGAUUAUUUGCAACUAAAAUGUAUGACUUGUAAACGGAAUAGAGCUUUGUAUGUAUUUCUCUCACUUGCAGAUUAAUGUCAAUCAUCCAAUAUACUCAUGUGUGGAGCAUUA